AUGUUUAAUAAACCUCGAUCAAAUUAUUUAACAUUAGACUUUAAAAAAGUAAAAGUUAGUGAUGCUUAAAUUUCAUAACCUUAAACAAAUAGAAUUAAUACAUCUAGAAUUUUCCUGAGAAAACUUAAAGUUGAUGGGUAUUAUUAUAAUUAAUGGAAGAUGUUUAACUGAUAGAGAAAAAAAUACAUAUUAAGAGAUUGCUAAUUAUACAUAAGAUAAAUAAAUUUAUAAAUAAGAAUUUGAAGAUGAAAGAAAGAGAAAGCUAGAAUAAUUGAGAUGUGAAGUUGAAGAAUUAAAAUUAGAUUAUGAAUAAAAAUAAAAAGAACUUAUUCAAAGUCGUAAAUAAGUAAACAAUGCUCUCAAAGGUUUAGUUAAUUCGCACACUAAAUAUAAAGAUUAUUAAAUUGGUGAUGUUAAACUUUAUUAAUAAUAUUAUCGUUGUAAGACUGAAACUCCAUUUCACUUAAAAAAUACUAUUUAUGAUGCUUAAAAAUAUUAAAAUUACUAUGGUAAAUUGUAGAAAGCUAAUUUAAAACUUAAUCAUCAAGUUUAAUUUGCGAUGAUAUAAUAUCGUAAAUAACUUGAAGAGUCUCAGUAAAGAAUUCCAAACUUUUUAAAAUCUAUCUAAUAAGUUUUGUGA